UCCUAAAAGCAAAGUCCUUAAACCCUAGAGUCUGAUUUGCCUCAAACCCUAAUUCUCAAUGCCGGAUAGUGAAUCACAGCCGUUGAGCUCCCAAAAUAUUCAAAAGUCGCCUGAGUUAUCGCCGGAAUCUUCGGAUCGUCCGGCGAAGCUCGCGAAACUUAUCGACGAAGACAUUGAAUUAACUGAUAUCGAGGAAACGAUGAAUCAAAGGCCUGGAAUUCAAAGAUACUUAUUGGCAGUUGAGUACAGUGGCACUCGAUUUUGUGGUGCUCAACAACAACCUACCGCCAGAACUGUUGUUGGUGUUCUCCAGGAAGCAUUCCGUAAAUUUAUUGGACAGUCGGUCUCUGUGACCUGCUCAAGUCGAACAGAUGCUGGAGUACAUGCCCUAUCAAAUACUUUUCAUGUAGAUGUGGAGCGCAUAAGUAAGAGGAAACCUGGAGAACUAUUGCCUCCACAUGAACCUGGUGUUGUUAUAAAAGCUGUGAAUCAUUUUCUGCAGAAUGAAGGCGAUAUUACAGUCCUGGAUGCUAGAUGCGUUUCAUCUGAUUUUCAUGCUAGAUAUAGAGCUCAAGAGCGCACGUACUUCUAUCGCCUGCUAAGUGGCCCGCAGCCUGUGUCAACUUUUGAAAAAGACCGGGCUUGGCAUGUUCCUGAGGCUCUGGAUCUAUCAGCAAUGCAGAAAGCAUGUAAAAUUCUUGCUGGACACCACGAUUUCAGUUCCUUUAGAUCGGCGGCUUGUGAGGCAAAAUCACCUAUAAGAACCUUGGAUGAACUAAGUGUCGUUGAAGUUGUUUCUGCACCGUAUUUUCCGCCGAUCAUGGAAAAGGAACAACAUAAAUUGCUUGAUUCUUUAGAGUUCUCUGAGUCUACGAAAGGUAUUGCCUGUUUAUCAUCUGCUCCUGAAGAAAAUAGGGAAGAAGACUCUAAUAGUGAGUCUACUCAACAAUUUGGCAUGAGAAGGAAGCAUCGGUGUUUUGUGGUAACAGCUCGAUCACAGUCUUUUCUGUACCACCAGGUUAGAUUGCUUGUGGGAACUCUUAAAUCUGUUGGUACUGGAGAUCUAACAAUUCCUGAUGUUGAACGCAUCUUGAAGGCAAAGACAGUAACUGCAGCCAGUCCGAUGGCACCUGCAUGUGGUCUGUACCUUGCUCGUGUGAAAUACAACCUGCCUUGAUAUAUUCAGUCUCACAUACAAAAAAAGUGAUUAGCCAUUUUAAGAACACCAGUAAAUAACUAUGGGACUAUGGGUCUAUAUGGAUGGUUUAGGCUCCUAUUGAUUUCUUCAUCCCCAACUUCACAACUGCAAUAGAGGGAACAAAAUAAAAACAACCCUGCUGUAGAAAUAUCCGUACAACCUAUCACAGUACGCAUUCAGGACCUGUUUAAAUUUUAAAUUUCACCGUUUAAAAAUAGAGUUUCCUGGUUAUAUUAUUACAUGUUGGUUUUGCUUUUUAAAAGCCUCUCCAACAUCUGUUCUAUUGCAUAAUUUGAUUUGUAUGCAGAGAACAAGUUUGUCGUAUCAAGGCAUGUCUGUAGUAACAACUAAUAAUAGAGUUGUUACUUGCUAAUUUCUUUUAUUUGAACCAGUGGUUUCUUGUUUCUUCA